GGUGUGGUGUGUAUUGUUUGCAGAGGGGUACGCAAACGUGUGACGAAGUGGGAAUAAACAGCUUUUUUUUCGCAAGAACACGUUUAAGUGUUUUGUUACCAUUACGAUUAUCAACAGUGUUUGACUGUAGGAUACAUCCUAAAGCAAUCUGAACAGAAUGUCCGGUUUUGAUAACCCAGGAAUCUACUUCAGCGAUAGUUUCGGCGGUGGAGAAUCAAUUGGAGAUGAGGGAUCCUUGAAAAGGAGUCACAUAAAGAAAAGAUUUCGCGAAUUUCUUAGGCAGUUUCGAGUUGGUACCGAUCGCACUGGAUUCACAUACAAAUACAGAGAUGAGUUGAAGAGACACUACACUCUAGGGGAGUACUGGGUAGAUGUUGAAAUGGAGGAUCUGGCCAGCUUUGAUGAAGAUCUCGCUGACUGCCUGUACAAACUGCCCACAGAUAAUCUGCCACUGCUGGAGGAAGCUGCCAAAGAAGUCGCUGAUGAGGUGACUCGUCCUCGUCCUGUAGAAGAUGAGGCUGUGCAGGACAUCCAGGUCAUGCUGAAGAGUGAUGCCCACCCUAUCAACAUUCGCAGUCUGAAGUCGGAGCAGGUGUCCCGUCUGGUGAAGAUCCCUGGCAUCAUCAUCUCCUCCACGCCGGUGCGGGCCAAGGCCACCCGUGUGUGUCUGCAGUGCCGUGGCUGCCGCUCGGUCCUCAGCAACAUCGCCAUCCCCCCCGGCCUGCAGGGUUACGCACUCCCCCGCAAAUGCAACACGGACCAAGCAGGCCGUGCAAAGUGUCCAAUGGAUCCGUACUUCAUCAUUCCAGACCGAUGCGUAUGCGUGGACUUCCAGACGCAGCGGCUGCAGGAGUCACCGGACGCCGUCCCUCACGGAGAGAUGCCCCGACACAUGCAGCUGUACUGUGACAGGUAUCUCUGUGACCGUGUGGUGCCAGGGAACAGGGUGACCAUCAUGGGCAUCUACUCCAUCAAGAAGGGUGCAGCCACAAAGGCCAGGGGGCGUGACAAGGGAGCGGGGGUGGGCAUCCGCGCUGCCUACCUGCGUGUGGUGGGCAUCCACGUGGACAUGGAUGGAGCAGGUGGUCGUGGAGCCACUAGCUCAGUCAGCCCUCAGGAGGAAGAGGAGCUUCGCUCCCUGGCUGCCUCCCCCGACAUCUAUUCCUCCUUCUCCCGCUCCAUAGCUCCCUCUAUCUAUGGGAGUGAUGACAUGAAGAGAGCCAUCGCCUGCCUGCUGUUCGGAGGGUCCAGGAAGAGGCUUCCAGAUGGACUCACUCGCAGAGGUGACAUCAACAUGUUGAUGCUGGGAGAUCCAGGAACAGCCAAGUCUCAGCUGCUGAAGUUUGUGGAGAGGUGCUCUCCUAUUGCGGUGUACACCUCAGGGAAGGGCAGCAGUGCUGCUGGUCUGACUGCUUCAGUCCUGCGUGACCCCCACACACGUGGGUUCAUCAUGGAGGGAGGAGCCAUGGUGCUGGCAGAUGGCGGUGUGGUGUGCAUUGAUGAGUUUGACAAGAUGAGGGAAGACGAUAGAGUUGCAAUCCAUGAGGCUAUGGAACAGCAGACCAUCUCCAUUGCAAAGGCUGGCAUCACCACCACUCUGAACUCUCGCUGCUCUGUGCUGGCGGCUGCCAACUCCGUGUUUGGCCGCUGGGACGACACCAAGGGCGAAGACAACAUUGACUUCAUGCCCACCAUUCUGUCCCGUUUCGACAUGAUCUUCAUCGUCAAAGACCAUCACGACCAGGAAAGGGACAUGACUCUGGCCCGCCACGUGAUGAAUGUCCACCUGAGUGCCCAGACCCAGGCGGAUGGUGUGGAGGGGGAGAUCCCGCUGGCCAUGCUGAAGAAGUUCAUUGGCUACGCCAGAGCGAAGUGCGGUCCACGUCUGUCUGCAGCAGCGGCAGAGAAACUGAAGAACCGCUACGUGGUGAUGAGGAGUGGAGCCAGGGAGCACGAGCGAGAGAGCGACAAGAGGGCGUCCAUCCCCAUCACUGUCAGGCAGUUGGAGGCCGUGGUGCGCAUCGCUGAGUCUCUGGCCAAAAUGAAACUGCAGCCUGUGGCUGGAGAGGAGGAGGUGGACGAGGCCCUCCGCCUGUUCCAGGUGUCCACACUUGACGCUGCCAACUCUGGCAGCCUAUCAGGCGUGGAGGGCUUCACCUCUCAGGAGGACCAGGAGAUGCUCUCCCGCAUCGAGAAGCAGAUGAAGAGGCGCUUCGCCAUUGGCUCCCAGGUGUCUGAGCACAGCAUCAUCCAGGACUUCUCCAAACAGAAGUACCCGGAUCAUGCCAUCUUAAAGGUGCUUCACCUCAUGCUGAGGAGGGGAGAGCUUCAGCACCGUAUGCAGAGGAAGGUUCUCUACAGAGUCAAGUAGAGCUGCUGUAUGUCUCUGGUCUAUAUAGGUCUGCUAUUCUGAGGUUUCUUUGAGGCAGAUCGAAAUAGCAGUCUUGUGUUUCCCAGUUGUGGCUUAUGUUGGACCAUAGGUUGUGAGGGAGUACAUGUAAAGGCAUCAUGUAUUACUUCACAUGUAUUUGUUAAUAGACAGAAGGGGUGUUGUUUUUGUUUAGAUACUUGAUAUCCUGAAUGGAAUAAGCUUCUGAAACAAAUAUUUGACCCUCAUGGUGGAUGGGAAAAAAACUUGCCAAGCUCAAACAUGCAAAUUGUGGCGUUUGAAUGCGAACUCAUGUUUCUCCAUGACAACUACGCUUUGUGAUGUUGUGGUGACAGUUCUAGUCAUGUAAAAUGAUGAUGGAGAAAGCACAGCACUAGAUAUUAAACUGUAUGAAUUAAUAAGGAGGACUUUGUGCUUUGUAUUUUGUAUGUUGUAUUUUGUGUUAUCUAAAUAAAGAAAAUUAUUGUUAA